GUCUUGUAUCGCAAGUGGUGCGAAGCUCUGCUUCAACUCUUGUGUAUCAAGUUAUUCUGAGAUAUUUCUUGCAUGCUGAAAGAUAGUUUUUAGAUGUUUUGAGUUGUUUUUGUGUAAUUGAUGGCAUCAUCAACAACUCUCGAUUGUCCGAUUUGUACUGAUGUUCUUGAAGACCCUCGUGUGCUUCCCUGCGGUCACUCUUAUUGCGGGCCACCCAAAAGUUGCAUCGAAGUAAACACUAGUAAAUGUGCCGUAUGCAGCACUGAGUUCAAGGAAAUGAAUCUAGAUGAGUUGAAACCGCUGUAUGGAAUCAGGGAUGCUCUAGUCGACCUAUCUGCAAAAACGUCGGAGACCCCUCGCUACAAAAGUAGCUGGCCGAAAUGUGAUGCUCACUGUGAAAACAAAAUAACCCUUUGGUGUAACGAUUGUAGCCUUCAAAUUUGUGUCGAUUGUAUCGAAGACAAACAUAUCAAUCAUACUUUCAAGAGCAUCAAGCUAUGGAUUCGUGAACGAGCUGGAAAAAUGGCCCUGUCAAUCAAAUAUGCUGGUUUGAUGUCGUUGGAAUGUGAAAAAAAGAUUGCCGAGGCUCAUGAGCAAAUUGUCCAACUAGAAAAAGACAAGGAAACAUUUGAUCUGAUGUCAGCCUCCGAAGACAAGAUUCAAACUCUCGGGAAAGGCGAAGUCGACGUUGUUGUAGACGAGGACUUAAAUUCACUACUGUCCAAUAAUUGCCUAAUAAAUUUGAAGGCCAAAGUCAAACCCUUUAGUUUUGAAGCAGAAUUUGGCGAUAUAAUGGAUAUCAAAGAUCGAAAACGAUAUUCAAAUAGCCAUCGGUUGUACAAGUUUGAUCUGAAAGCUGUGCUUCAACACAAACUCGAUAAGGAUAAUAAACCGUUCCUUGGAGUUUUUCUUGAUGCUGCUCCUAUAGACAAAAACCUAAUAACGUGGAGAUUUGAAUUGGAGUUUGAAGUUACCUUGCUGAAUGCAGUCGAGGGUAAAAACCAAUCUCAGAGGUGCAAUAAGGAAAUGAACGAGAAAGAAAAAGACUGGGGUUUUGCCGAUUUCAUCGAAUGGGGUGUUCUUAUGGACCCAAAUAGUGGCUGGCUUUCUAACAAUCAAAAGAUCCGAGUUCGGAUUACAAUCAAUGAAUUUUGACGAAGACCACAUUAAUAAUAUUACAAAGACACAAUCGUACUUCUUGUUCCGACGGCUUAACUAAGUAGGAAGGAACUGGUUUAGGGUGGAUUUUUCCGGCCAGUUUAAAAUAAAUUGAGGAAAUUUUGGAGGAAUCAAAGGUAUCAUUACCCUAGCGAAUAGCAAGCGUUAUCAGAGCGGAACAAACAUUUUUUUAUUUGGUUAACAACUUGUCUAACAGAAUCUCUGAAUUCUUUCGUCAAAUAUUUCGUCACAUCUGUUUCGUCUUAUGAUGACAAAUAGCCAUUUUUUGAGCAGGUUUGCAUUUUAAAUACCCGUUCUAUUCGAGGAUUGUUUUUCAUGUUUUUAUACCUGUGCGCUUAAGCGAGCGUACUGUAAUAGUACGGCUAUUCUUUUUUCUACCCUAAUUCGCGAAUAUUGGUUCCAACUUGUUUAACAGAAUCACUUGUAUUUUGGUUCAUAAUAAAUUUUUCGUGCGUCUCCAGCACGUAGCAUGGAAGUGAAAAAUACGCCUAGGACGGCAAAGUUUGUUAGUUUUGAACUGACCAGGAAUUUUUUUUUCAAACGGGAAAUAUUUUUUAUCAAAAACCGUCGGCCUAUUGUUUGUCUGCUUAUGUUUUGUCUGCUUAGUUACCACAUCUUUAAAUUGUUAUUUUUAAUACGCAAUUUUCAGUGCAGUUACUUUUGUUGUGAAUUACUCCUGUCAAUACUAAUUUUACUAGUCUUGACUUCGUAUAUUUUGCUGUUUUUUUUUCGCGGAAACAUUUUAUUCGAUAAGAAUGCUUUCAGCUUAUAUUUUAUCGGCUUAAUGACCCAAUGUGGGGUCGUUUUCAAGGAAUCAUAAUUUUUAUUCUUUGUUUCAGAUCGACCGAGGAGCUUGAAUUCUUAGAAUAUAAUUAUAGUUCAAAGUUUUUCAUGACAAAUGUUAUGUUUUCGGUUCUAUGGGAAAUGAUUCAAGUAAUGUCGGUUUAGUUUCUGCUUGUUUUUUUUACGUUUUCAUGAAUCGACGUCGAUUGUGUUUCUGAAUGUGUUUUUCGCAAAAAGAACAUGAUUCCAGUUAAACAUUUGAAUUUUUUCAAGUUGCGGUUUUUGAAAGCUUUGGAAACAUUUUAUGGUCUAAAUGGCUCUCUUUUCUGGUCUGCUAGUUAUAAAUUCAAUCAAUCAUCCGGUGCAUCUGGGAUAGAAGUAACCCAUUUGCUUGAGACAGCAAAUGCUUGUAAUUCGAAUCCGGUCGGGGCCUGUUUUUUGGCAGUUUUUGUAAUUUUUGUGACUAUUGUUCGUCGGGUUAUGUUUAUCGACUUAGUUCCCGUGACCCAAUUUUUUUUGAAAGCUGAGCUUUCUUCUGAGCUGCUGUAACACCGCCAUGCUUGACGUCAAAGGCCGGAAUAUCGAUUCCAGUGGGGACUUACUUUUUUCUGUCUGUCUGAUUUUAAUCAGUGUUUCAUUUUUUAAAAUCGCAAGUGAAGCAAAGCUCAGCUUUGCCUCUAUGCAGAUUGUGCUUUGACAUUCGAUUAGUAAAAAAUUAACACUCUUGAUGCUUUUUUAAAUGAUAAAUUGAACCGAAAGAAGCUAUUUGUGUCUAACCACAGUACAUCAUUGAUGUAAAUAAAUAAUAAUAAAAGUUUACCAAGUCUGAUUUUGUUUUUUUUUUUCGUGUUUUUUCCAUAUAUAGAUUUUUUCAGUGUUUUUUAUAUCGGCUCAGCCAACUCAUAAUGCAUAAUUUUAAGGCUGAAUAUGUUCGGAGCUCGGCUAUUAAUUUUCGAUUUUUUAAGGCUGCUUAUGAACUUCUUUUUUCAACUGUUUUUUCAACAUCUUUUUCAACUGUAGCCAGCAAUUUUUUCAACAUCAUUUUCAGAAUUUGUUUGCAUUCCAAUAGUUACAAAAAAACGAGUAAAAAUUUGGUCUCAAGAAAUGUUCCAACUCAAUAUAUUGCAGAUUAUUACACUUGCGAACUUUAGUGACAUUUAGUGUUAUACUACUUUUUCUAACCGAAGUCGCAAAUAUUGGUGACAGUUUGGGGCACCUUUACAGCUUUUUGAUAGCAUGUGCUUUGACAUUCGAAUAAAAAUAAGGUAACCCAGUUGAUACAUUUUAAAUUCAUCAAAUGAACCGAAAAAAGCUAUUUGUUCCAAAUAUUAUAAAAAUAAUGAAAACUCGAUUUAUCUCGCAAUUUUUUGAAAUGCAUUAUUUAUACAUAAUUAAGUUUUUUGCUUUCCAGAUUAUUACAUGCAAAGCGUGAAUGCCUUCAGUUUGUUAUAUUCCAAACUAAUAUUUGCAAAAUAUGUUUAUUUGUAUUUGAUGCCACUUUUGCUGCAUCGGAUGGCAAUUUACCAGCAUAUGAAGCUGCUUUACUAUAACUCGUUUUCGCCAAUAUUUAAGCGGUCGUGGCGUAGAGGGCAGGUUUGAAAGACUCCUAUUCUCGGGAAUCCAAUACGUAGCACCUAGUUUUAUCCAGCCAUGUCGAAAAAGUCCAAAUGUUCACCUGUUUAAGAGUUUUACGCUAUCUCUACAGGUUUCAGCUACAGUGUAUAUUUACAUAGAUAUGCUUUGCAAAUAAGCUACUGCUAAUCUUCGGAUUUUCAUCAAGCAUAGGUUUUGAGCCUAGUCGCAUUGCUUAUAUUUCAGCGUGCAUGUUUGAAUUAGUUGAUGCUUUGCAAUGUUUAAUUUCAUUUAAUAUAUUUUUAAAACUUAUAAGUUGGCUGUUUUGAGCAUUUUUUCAUACUUUUAAUACUUUUUAGUUACCAUACUCCGUUUCGGGCUAUACUUUUUGCUAAUACUAUUCUUAGUUUUUUUUGGAAGUUGAAGUAGCUCUUGAACUUGUUCACUGCUUCCUGUUGCAUGGGUUCAGUUGGCUGUCCGCUGUUUGAAAAGCCUCCAUUCUGCUCUGUUUGUGGCUAUAGAUACAUGGUACUGUUAGUAGAAGCAGCAAGUUCAAGAAAGUUAAAUGAACCGGCUACGAGGGCCUACGAAUAGCGAGUUUUCGGGUCAAUUUUAUUUCGGCAGAGGAGAUUUGACUGGAAACUAAUUGAUUACACAGUAGCAAUUAUGUUUGCUUGGCCGUGCAGGACCACGAAAGGAUAAAUAUGUUAAAGGUCGCCAUUGGUAACCUUCAGUACAAAGUGUUUGAAAUUAAAGUUAUAAAUGUCUAUGAAUCACACGCUAUGGUAGUCUUCCGUAGCUUCUUGUUUUAAAACAAGUUUUUAAAAAGAAUUUUGAACCGUGUCGUUUUUGUUUGAAAGAGCUUUUUCCUUUAA